GCGGCAGUGUUCUACUGAUUCAUUCUCAAAGGACUAAAAAACGUUUUAGUUCGGAAUAUUUCAAUAGAAUAGAAAAAAAGAAAAAAACUACUCCUAAUAUUUAAUAGUUUUUAAAAAUUAAAAAAAAAAUGUCAACGAUAGAAAUAUGUUAAUUUUUUUUUAAAUUUUAUUUUGAGAAUAUAAGAAAAAGUUAUUAAAUGGUGUCAUAAAAAAUGGAUAAAGUUCUUGUGAACGUUUCCGAUAGGGGCCGCAUUAAACUAAAGAAAUCAAAUAAAUCACAUCACAGGAAGGUUCGGAAAUCAAUAAUUGAUAGAAUCUUGACUGAAUUAUUUUGGUGAUUCGAUUAAGAGAUUAUUGAGAAAAAUAUGUCCAACGAAGAAGAGGAUAAAUAUUAUCAAUAUAAAGAUCAUUUUCUCUUUAGGAUCAAUGAGCGAUUUAAGAAUCCAACAAAUGAGACGGAAGAUUUUUCUAAACCAUAUUUAAGACCAAUUUUCUUUAAAAUUUAUCCAUUGAUAAUUUUUAUUUACGCAAUAUUAAUAAUUUCGGGAAUUAUUGUCAAUUUAACAAUGUUAUAUCAUAUUUUAAAAUUUAAAUUAUAUAAAGAUCCAACUCACGCAUAUUUAAUAAAUAUGAUAAUAUCCGAUAUUAUAAAGUGUCUCUUUUCACUUCCACUAUCAUUAGCAGUGAUAUUGAUAGAUAACUGGAUUUUUGGGAAAUUUCUCUGUUACUUUCUUCCAAUGUUACAGGAUUUUCCAUUUCACAUAUCGAUGAUGACGUACUUGUUAAUAGCAGUCGAUAGAUUAAAAGUAAUCAGCGAACCUGGAAAGCCUAGAAUACCAGCAUUUGUUUGCUCCCUAGGAACAUGGUUUUUUGCUGGAUGUAUUGUACUACCAUAUCCAAUUUACACUACUUAUUUGGACUUGGGGGAGAUGUUGAGCAAUCAUUUCGAAGGGUUGGAAAUAUGUUUCGCAAAUUUACUUGAUGAUAUGAGAGAUUAUAUGCGCGGCUUGUUUAUUGGCACAUAUGCUGCUCCUCUAGCAAUAACAGCAUACGUAUAUGUAAAAGCAAGCAAGGAAUUGCAAUUUGCAGAAGACUCUUCAGGAAUAGGCUUGUCAGAGACUCGAGGUACUCGCUUGAGACAAGACAGCAUUGAUAGUAACGACACUUCAAAUAUGCAGGAUAAUAAACGUGAGCCUACAACAGUCCGUAGAGAUUCACUUGGUCUUCCUAUUGCUUUUGAUGACAUAGAAUUAAAUAUUCCUAAAGAAGCUAGAGCUCAAAAGUAUCUGAUAUUUAUGGUAUCAGUUUACGCCAUUUGUCUAUGUCCUCUAAUGAUUCUAAGAUUAGCAAAGCUUGCUCUUUAUGAAACUUAUGAGAAUAGCAGCUAUUUCGACAUUUUGUACAUUUUGUUCGUUUGGAUUGCUUUUUUACCCAGUGUGACAACACCUGUAAUUUACGCUUUCUGGCAAAUGACAAGGAAAAAGAGGGAGAGUCUACGCAACUAUUGCCGUUCUCAUUGUUGCUAUUCAACAGAUAAUGGUGAUAACAGAAUUCCCCAACUAAAUGAAUUAGAGACAGUAGAUCAAGCGAAUCAAUGCCGAAUAACGAACAUUACAGGAAGUAAUAGUCACGACACUAUUGGUCGUGCAGGAUGUCGAAGAGGAAGCUCACCAAGGACCCAGAUUUCAGUCGCAUAAAUUACGACUAUUCUCGGCAUACUAGGAUUUUUAAACUCAUAUACAUAAUAAUAAAUAUUUUGAUUUGUUGAGUAAUGAGAAGGCCUAGAUACGGUUUGUUUUUUUUAAUGAAAUUUAUUAAAAUCCCAACUAGUUUCGAACUGUAUAUAGUUCCUCAUCAGGGGAUGAAUAAUUUUAUAAACAUAUUAUUAUCCAAGCGUCGGACAUAGUUUAUAAUUUAUAGUUUACCGUAUCUAGGCCUUCUCAUUACUCAA